AUGGCAUUUGGCACAAAGCUGACUCCAUCUCUUGAGAAACCGGCUGUUGAUGUGAAUCUCUAUCGUCAAAUGAUAGGGUCACUAAUGUAUCUAACGGCUAGUAGACCGGACAUAAUGUUUUCUGUCUAUUAUUGUGCAAGGUUUCAAGCAAAUCCUAGAGAACCUCAUAUGAUUGCAGUGACAAAUAUAUUCUGGUAUUUGAAGCGAACCUCGUCUCCCGGUCUUUGGUAUCCUGCAAAAUCCGACUUUUUUGUUCUAGCUUUCUUUGAUGCUCAUCUUGGUGGAUGUGGAUUGGACCGAAAGAGCACAACCGGCGGAUGCCAGUUCCUCGAUGGUAAACUUGUCAGUUGGCAGUCAAAGAAACAAACUUGCUUGUCUCUUUCCAUAGCCGAAGCUGAGUACAUCGCUGCAGCAUCCUGUACAUCACAUAUCAUAUGGAUACAAAGCCAACUUAAAGAUUAUGGAUUAAGCAUGAGAAUAUCCCUCUCUACUAUGAAUCUAAAAGUGCGAUUCGAAUAUGUCACAAUCCAGUGCCACAUUCCAAGACUAAUCAUAUUGCACUGA